AUGACGGUCUACGGCUCUUCGCUCUCCCAGUCUGCUGCUGGCGACGCGGCCCUGCCCCUGCACACGUCUCCGCGGGCCAGCGCAUCGAGGAUGGCGCGGUGGUCUCGGAGGCUGCGGCGGUCGGGGACGGUCGUCGUGAACCACGCGGUCAAGCACACGGGAGUCGGGAUUGUCUGCGCCGUCGCGUACUUUGACCCGGGAAACUGGGGGGUGGACCUGCAGGCAGGGUCGCAGUACGGCUACAAGCUGCUGUUCGUGGUGCUGCUGUCCGGCAUCUUCGCCGUGUUCUUGCAGAGCCUCGCGAGCAAACUGGGCGUGGUGACCGGACUCGAUCUCGCCUCGCACUGCCGGCUGCUGCUGCACGACCGGCCGAGGCACACGCGCCUGGUGCGGUGGCUCGCCCUCUACCCGCUCUACGUCCUCUCCGAGGUGGGCAUCGUCGCGACAGACCUCGCAGAGCUCCUGGGCUCCGCCAUCGCCCUCUGCAUGCUCUUCCCGAGCCUUCCGCUCUGGGCCGGCGUCCUGCUCACCUCGGCGGACGUCCUCGUCAUCCUCGCGCUCGGCGACCCCCUCCGCGGGCGCCCCGUCAAGAUGUUCGAGCUGCUCAUCGCCGUCCUCGUGAUCGCCGUCUUGGUCUGCAUGUGCAUCAUCAUCUCCCGGGUCGACGUCGUCCGGGACCAGGCCUUCGAGGGCUAUCUCCCCUCCAAGACCGUCUUCCAAUCCGGCGCGCUCUACACCUCCGUGGGCAUCCUCGGCGCAACCGUCAUGCCGCACAGUCUCUUCCUCGGCUCGGCCCUUGCCACACAAGACCGCGUCUCGCCCAAUCCGGACAAACUCGCACGCUCGGACGCCUCCUGCUCCUCCUCCUCGACCUCCGGAAGCCAGCUCGGGUCGAUCCGCCGCCUGUCUCCCCGCUCCAUCUGGCGCGCGCUCGCCGACCGGUUCCGCACGCCCCCGCCUCGGUCGACCGGGCCCGAGCCCAAGAACCACGGGGAGCGCGAGAACCAGCCGCUCUCGUUCGUCCGCGCCCACCUGUCCCACGGCAUCGCGGACAUCGUCAUCAGCCUGCUGGGGUUUGCGGUCGUGAUCAACUCGCUCAUCCUCGUCCUUGCCUCGGCCGUGUUCUACUACGGCCCCGAGAGCACCGAUGCUUCGGAAAACCCCGCAAGCUUGUUCGACGCACACGAUCUCAUCAAGCAGACCGUCGGCAGCGGCGCCGCAAUCAUGUUCGCCCUCGCCCUCCUUUGCGCCGGUCAAAGCUCCUCCAUCAUCGCCACCGUCGCAGGUCAAAACGUCUCCGAAGGCUUCAUUCGCUGGCGCACCUCCCCUGUCCUCCGUCGCAUCUACACCCGUCUCCUCGGCCUCAUCCCCUCCAUGGCCGUGGCAAUCGCCGUCGGCCGCCCCGGCAUCAACACCCUCCUCGUCCUCUCCCAGGUCGUGCUCGCCAUCGUGCUCCCCUUCAUCGUCUUUCCCCUUGUCUGGCUCACCUCCACGCGCGCGGUCAUGACCGUCCGGAGCGACCAACCGCCGCGCUCGCCCGAGGAGGACGACAAGGCCGCCGCGACCACCACGACAACCGACGGUUCGUGUGAGAACGACGCGGACGCGCGGAACGAGGGCAGCGUCGACAUCGAGGGCGCGCGCGACGCGAUGGUCGACUUUAGCAACGGCUGGAUCGUCGCCGGCGUCGGCUACGGCAUCUGGCUGAUCGUCGUCGUCGCGAACCUGUAUGUGCUCAUCGAGCUGAUGCUCGGCAACGACUAGGCCCCCCCCCCCCC